AUGGUGACGGAUGCUACCAACUGUCCACAUUGCGACGGCUCCACGCCCGUCUUCUUCACUGACGGUAAGGACAAUGACAGAUUCUACGAGAGCAUCAACGGCGGAUCCGUUCACACGGCCUGCCCCAUUGGCACCGCCUUGCUGGCUUCUCUUCUGGCUGUGUGCGUGCUGGUAGCCGUGGUGUCGGCGGCCCCCACCUGCCCGCAGUACGACGGCUCCACGCCCGUCUUCUUCCCUGACGAGAACGACAGCAGCAGCUUCUACGAGUGCAGCAACGGCAGGUCCGUCCACAUGGCCUGCCCCACUGGCACCGUCUGGAACUCCAACAUCAACACCUGCGACUGGCCCCAGUCCAGGAAAUAG